CUCUACGCAGAGCGGUGCUUGAGUUCGACGCUGUCUCUUCACUGUCAUGCCGUCAAGUCUCCGCGUGCCCUCGCAGCAUCGUCCGGGAACGGCUGAUGGCGCGCGCCGCGUGCUCUGCCGGGAGCGGCGCGAGAGCGAGAGAGCAACACGCUUAGCGCGUCCGUGGGAACGGCGAGCGAGGAACGAAGUGGUGCGCCGCACCGCCAGCUCAUCCGUCCCGACCACGCCCUCAAAGUCAAGCCUUCGGUCUUCAAGCACAGGCAAGUAGCGUCGCUCGCCAGUGAACACCGCGGACCCUUGGCAGCAGUACGCAGCAAGGCUCGCCCGGCAUGGCGUCGACCUCUUCACUCGGCGCUUCCUCUUCCACUUCCGCCGGCGUCGCCUCUUCCUUCUACGACUCCUUCACCUCUCGGCUCGCCGCGCUCAGCAGCGCCAUCGAGGCCUGCCCCUCCGCCGACGCCCUCCCUUCGCUCCUGACACGCAUCACAGACGCCCGGCACGCCCUCGACGCCGUCACCGAGGCCCUUCCCGCGCGCGACCGUGCGUCUCACGAAGCUCGCCUGCGGGAAUGCACGGCCUUGCUGACCCGCAAGCGUGCGGCAUUGGCGCCGCCGACGGGCUUUGCCUUUCGGCGCAAGGCGCCUGCCAAGGCAGCUGCUGCCAAGGCAUCGAGCGCAGAGACGCCACAGACCGUCGUGCCGCAGCCGCAGUGCGAUGGCGUCUCCACCGCGGCGUCCUCGUCUAGCGCGCAUCUCAGUCUCUCGGCUCGGACGCGCGAGCACUUGACAUGCCUCGAGCUCGCUGCCAUCGCUCCGGGGGCCGACGUGCAUCUCUUCGACCUGCAAGACUGUCUCGUCGACCUGCGCGGCAGCGAUGCCUCGGCGCCUCCGGCGUUCGCAGCGAUGCAGCUGCGCCGCCUGCGCCGCUGCGUCGUCUUGCUGGGCAGUGUGGCAGGCGCGGUCAUGGCGCACGAGCUGCAAGAGUGCUUGGUGCUCGUUGAGUGCGCUCAGUUCCGCAUGCAUAUCUCCCAGCGCAUCGUCGUGCUGCUAGCUCUUCACUCGCCCACCAGUCGCGCGACGAUUGAAGAGUGCUCAUCCAUUCGCUUUGGCGCUCUGCCAGUGGCGCUGCGUGCCGGCACGACGGCAACAACUGAGGAGCAGGCAGCGGUGCCGGCCGUGCAGGACUUUGACUUUCCGGGCGUGCCGCCUGGCGAGGAGAGCGAGAGCUGGAAACGCCUGGAUGAGGCGAUGGCAAAGGAGGUGGCAGUGCGGCUACUGGACGAGCCAAGCCUGGACGACUCGCAGCAGACUCUGCGCCUCGCGCGCGUGCUGCCGGGAGAGAGCGAAUGAGAGCGCAAAGGUUGCAUGGCAUACAGUGGCUGAGAGGGAGGCAGUCGUCUAGUGUUACAAUGUGAGGCAGAGCGAGAAGCAACGAAGAGGGGAGAGAGCAAGGCCCCGAGG